CUCUGAACAUGGGAGACAGAAACUAAACAAUACUACUAAUCAAUCUUUCCCAAGUCAAGUCUUUUUUAACUCACAACUUGUUAUCUAUGAUACAUUUUUUAUGCCCUCCAACUUCAUUCAUCAAGUUGCUUACAGUCUUAUAUUCUGAUUCUUUAAGAUUUAAAUUUGAUCGUUAACAAGUGUCACCUAUCAACGAUCCAUACACAAAGCAGCAUCAUGCGCCACCUUGAUCUGCGCAGGAGAUAUUCACACUCUAGUGUUAAAGACCACCAUUACAAUCCGCCGGAAAAAGCUAUAAAUGGAGGAGGAAGAGCCAAAGAAAGGGGACCCGAAUUCUUCCAUAGCUAAGCUAUAUUCUCUUGAUAUUCACACUCCACUGUUGUCAAGUACCCUUUGUACUCAUUGUUAAAUCAUCAAUAAAACAUCAAUUUUCCAUUGUUGAUUAGAGCCUAGUCUUUCUUUUUAUAUCUUACUAGUCGACCAAGUUUUCCCAAUCGUAAGACCUGUUUCUGAGUGAAUUUUAGGAUUCAUCCAAUUAAAAAAAAAAAAACAAUUUGGUUGCGGUCGCACAAUUAACACCUCUAUUCUUAUUCUUAAAAGCAUGAACCAUCCAGUGAUAGUUUCGUGUCCAUAUAGGGUUCCCACGCACGGAAACUAGGAUUCCGAUGAUGGAUCCAUGUAACUUAGUCAUGUAGUCUGUUUGAAAGAAAAACUCUAAACUCUAGUUGAAUCUUAUGUAAAAAAAGUUUUUUUUGAUGAAUACAAAUUCAACAUUCAUUCAAAAAUAAAAUAGACAGCCCAAAACCUUCAUUUUUGUUGUUGUUGUUGUAUAUAAGAGUCUCACUCUGUUUUGGAAAAAGACCAAAUCGUUCUCGAUUAGCCAACCAGAGAUCGAGUUUGCGCCUUCAUUUACACAUCAGAACGACCAGUGUUUCUCCUUUCCUCUCUUUUCUUAUGUCUCUAGAUUCAUGCAUGAUCUCGCGACUCUGUUUUUUUUUCUCCAGAUUGUUGAUUCCCUAAUUCUGGGUUUUAUUAAUUUAAAGAUCAGGAAUUUCGAUGAUUGUUGUCUUCUGUGUCACAAAGAAAAUUGCAAAUAAAAUCAUAAACAUAACCCCAGAUUAGGCAUAUAUACUAUUGUUGGUUGCUGAAUCGUCUAUAUAAUCUUUCUCAUAAAUCUAAUCAUCAUUUAUAUACUAAAGCACAAGUUGUCAAUAAAACUUUGACACAUGGUAUCAAUUUACAAAAACCAAAAAAAUAAUAGAUAAUUUUUUUCAUUCAUCUCCUAUUUAUCUACAAUUCAACUGUCUAUCCUAAUUUUUCUAAGAAUUUAAUCCCACGUUUUAGUCCACUUGUCUAUUACCAAGCUGCUUUUUGUCAAACUGCUUUCUUUUCUAUAUAACUUGAAAUCAUCGUCAAGUUAUUAUCAAUAAAUUUUUAAUACAUUUCUUUUGUGUUCAUUUUUUCAGAGUCUCACUUCACCGUACUUACAUUGUAUGAGAGCCCAAAUACCAAUUAUAUUCUGGUGGUGUCCGAGAUUAGAAAAGAAAUUAUCAGCAAAGAAGGUAAACAAAGUAUUUCUAAACUUCUUUUCUCUAUAAAUUGUUUUUCAUAGCUGGUUUUAUUUUUUGGUAUGAGUUUUCAUAUAUGUUCUUAUGACUUAUUUUUAGGAAAUCUCUAUUCCCUAUUUGUUACAGAUGGAGAAAACGUAUUUGAAACAAGAUAUUGUAAUGAUUAAUAAGAAACAAACACAGAAAUGGAAAAAAGGAAUAAAAGAAGUAGUCACUAAAAAUAUAUAAGGGUUUUUGAAGUUUAGAAGAUGAUGAACGUGUUUGAGAAAAAGGUAAAGAAAAAUCUCAAAUGUGUUUUUUUGUAACAUCAGAAUAUGGAUAUAUUUUUUUCAUAAUUGUUUCUUUCUGUUGGGUUUCUAAUAACUCUCAAACUAUCAACAAAGUAGGUAUAAAUUUUAAUAAUGUUUUGUUAUAGUUUAUAAUUAUAUCAUUGUUCUAUGAUCAAAAUUACAAAUUUAUGCUUUAUAUGGAAGAUUUAUCUACAUGAAAAAUACAAAGAAUAACGAAUGAAUCACAUAGAGUACUUUAAACUAUAUUUAUAUAUGUUGGUAUAUAUCUUAAAUUUUUAACAUAAAAUGUUCGCUAGCUAUAUAUAUCUAUUUCUCAAAAAUACAAGAUAUAUUGUUUUACCGUUUCCAAAUUUUUUUAGGGUGAAUGCAAAACCACCUCACAUGACAUUCAUAUCUAUAUUUAUAUAGUAUUUAAUUAUAAUAAUAGUUUAAUUUAUUAAUUAUAAAAUUACAAAUUUAUUAUUUAAUAAUUUGAAGUAUAAUUAUUUUGCCUCAUGCUUAGCAUGGGAAUAACACUAGUAUCAUAUAAAUCAGCGUAAAAAAAAACAUUUCUAUAUAGUGGUUUGGCAUUCGGUUUUACCUGGUUUACAUUUUAUCUUUACCAAAUUCUAACUGAAUGGUUUAGUGUAAACCAACCAUAAAUGCCCUGUAUUUCCUCUGUAUCUCAGUCUCACUCUAAUUGUGUACGAUAUAUAUGGACACGUUCACACGUUUCGAAUUUCAUCAUAACCGAAAAGCAUGUCCCUUUGCUGCUUCACAAGCAAACAGCGCAAAGCCUACAUUUUCUUUUCUUUUUUUUUGGUAAAAGCCUUCACAAUCUUACUCGUCUUAUUCUCGAUUCGCCUACUAGUUAUCGACACUGUGCUCCCAUUGACACAUCUGCACGACCGUCUUGAUUUCAUGUUUUGGUCUCUCACAAGGAAGGUAUGGUGAAGGAAAAUGAGUAUUAUGACAUCUUAUGCGUCAAAGCUGAUGCUUCAGAUGCUGACAUUAAAAAGGCUUACUACCUAAAAGCAAGGAAAGUUCAUCCAGACAAAAACCCUGGAGAUCCUCAGGCUCAGUGGCGGAGCCACGUUACGUACGAGGGGGGCAACUGCCCCCAGUGCUUUUUCAAAAUCCUGUGUAAAACAUGAGUAAUUUUUGUUAUGCCUCUGUGUUUAUAGCAAAUUUAUCCCUAGUUCUAUAAGUAAUUUUAGCUAUGCCCCCAACAAAAUAUUUUUCUACAUCCGCCCCUGCUCAGGCUGCUAAAAACUUUCAGGUAUUAGGCGAGGCUUAUCAGGUUUUGAGCAAUCCGGAAAAGCGAGCAGCUUAUGACAAAUAUGGCAAAGAAGGUGUCCAACAGGAUGCAAUGGUAGAUCCUGCAGCUGUAUUUGGUAUGCUUUUCGGAAGCGAAGUCUUUGAAGAAUAUAUUGGGCAGCUUGCACUUGCUUAUUUGGCAUCAAUCGAAGCUGACUUAGAAUCAUAUGAGCCUGACAUCAGAAAACAAAUUCUUCAAGACAAGAUCAAAGCUCUGCAGAAGGAGAGGGAAGACAAGCUCGCUGCUACGUUGAAAAACAAACUCGAGCCGUUUGUGGAAGGACGAACUGAUGAAUUUAUCGAAUGGGCAAACGAAGAGGCAAAGCGUCUUUCUUCUGCCGGUUUUGGGGAGGCAAUGAUGCAUACAAUAGGCUACAUUUACACAAGAAAAGCGGCUAAAGAAAUGGGGAAAGACAAACGAUAUAUGAAAGUGCCCUUCUUAGCGGAAUGGGUGCGAGACAAAAGCCACCAUAUGAAAUCUCAAGUCAUGGCUGCUUCUGGUACUGUUUCGUUGCUUCAGUUGCAGGGUGAAGUGAACAAGUUGAAUGAACACCAAGGUGAUAACCGAGAGGAGCAUAUUCAGAAAGCCAUUGAAGCUAAAAUGGAUGCUUUGCUUCAGUCUCUUUGGCAGAUCAAUGUUCUCGACAUCGAAUCCACUCUGUCUCAUGUCUGCCAAUCUGUGCUUAAAGACCCAAGUGUUACGAAGGAUGUUCUUCGAGGUCGAGCCACGGGACUGAGGAAACUUGGGACGAUCUUCCAGGUGGGCAAAAACAAAAGGGGUGAUAAGAAGCCAUACACCAGAGGAAGCAGCUUGCGUAAUGAAUCCGACGUGAAACAAGACACCGGAGGUUCUUCAAAGGCAAUGUCUUGAAACUAUGAUGAACUUCGCAAGAAAACAGAGAGAAACCGGAAUUGAAUUUUGCUGUUUCUUUUUAAUUUUUUUUUUUUUUUUGCUAUCGGUUCAAGUUGAAUUCAUCCUUUUCUGUUACUUUAUCAGAUUUGUAGAGAUUGUUACCUGAGUUAGAGAUGAUACAUCGAAGAGUAUUAUUAGAAGAGGAAAUUCUCUUGAAAGUUUAUGUAAUUUUAACCGUGGUGUGUUUCUCUCGCCUGAUUACUACAACCUAUUCCUAUUCUUCAAAGUAUAUGGCAAACAUCUCAAUGGGUUUUAUUGAAAUCCUACCUCUUUCACAAGGUGUUAAUGUCAUAUUUGUUACUGUUGAUAUAUUGAGUAAAUAUAGACAUUUUGUGGGCUUAAAGCACCUAGUGCAACUAUGUAGCUUUGAAGUAUUUAAGGGAAGUGGUUAGGCUACAUGGUAAUUAUCUUACUUCUAUAGUAUUAAAUAGAGACAAGAUAUUUUUUCAGUUCUUUUUGGAAAGAAUUGUUUAAGCAGUUUGGUAUGAAGCUGAAAUAUAGCACUGCUUUUCAUCCUUAGUCAGAUGGGCAAACGGAGGUACUCAAUCAUUGUCUUGA